UGUCUGAAAUGAAGCAAAUACUGAAAGGACAGCAUUACAGAUGGUUUGCAAAUUAUCUCGUGGUAAAACGUGCGAGCAUCGAGCCAAAUUAUCAUCAGCUCUAUUUACAGUUUUUGGAUCAGCUUGAUAGUCAACUACUUAUGAAGCAUGUAUUGCACGAGACUUUUGCUAAUGUUAACGUUCUGUUAAACUCCAACAAGACGGUACAAUCUGCGUCUGAACGGACUUUGUUAAAGAAUCUUGGAUCCUGGCUUGGGGGUAUGACACUUGCGAGGAAUAAGCCAAUCAAGCAUAAAAACAUAGCUUUUAAGGAUUUAUUAGUUGAAGGUUAUGAUAGCAAUAGGCUCAUUGUUGCCAUACCAUUUGUCUGCAAGGUACUUGAACAGGCUAGCAAGAGUAAAGUCUUUAAACCACCAAAUCCGUGGUUGAUGGCCAUUUUAAGGCUUUUGGUAGAGUUAUAUCAAUUUGCAGGUUUGAAACUUAAUCUUACGUUCGAAAUCGAAGUUCUGUGUAAAAGCCUCAGCAUUGAGCUCCAAGACAUAGAGCCCACCAACAUACUCAAGGAUAAGAAACCAUUGAAAGAUUCUGCUAAUCAGCAAACUGACCGUCUCGCGCAAGAUAUGGAAAGAAUGAACAUUAAUACUCCGACUUUUGUCUCGCCUGGAGCUAAAAUAGCUAGUCAGACUUCUCAUAUUCAACCCGCGCUAGGGACGCUGGCUGAUGAGGGUUAUGUGAAUCUCACGCAGAGCAUUGCGCAGCACGUUGUAAUAAACUCUAACCUAUCUAUAAUUGCUAGUCAGAUUCCGUUGCGAAAAAUUGUACAAUUAGCUAUUGAACGGGCAAUUUGCGAAACUGUUACAUCCAUUAUUGAUCGUGCUGUUAUGAUUGCUGGUAUUUCUACCAGGGAAUUAAUUGUAAAGGAUUUCUCCAUGGAACCGAAUGAAGAAAAAAUGCGAAGUGCUGCUCAUUCUAUGGUGCAAACUUUGGCUGGUAGUCUGGCUCUUGUCACUUGUAAGGAUAGUCUUCGGCAGCAUAUGAUGGCGCAUCUGCGAAGUUUGCUUCAACAGUAUAAUUACUCUGAGGCAAUUAGUGAACAAGCGAUAGUGGUAAUUGUUACAGAAAAUCUCGAAUUAGCAAGUUCCAUAGUCAAAAAAAUUGCGCGCGAAAAAGCUGUCCCAGAAAUCGAUGAAGCUCUUGCAUCAUCGUUUAGUAAUCGCAAGAAACACCGUGAACGAACUGGCCAGCCUUUCUAUGACAUGGCCGUCUAUUCUGCAGUGUCCAGAUAUGUAUCCAAUUUACCGGAGCCGCUACGCACUAAACCAAAUGGAUUAACCGAGCAACAAUUACAAAUAUAUCAAGACUUUGGUAGAAUCGGUAAUUUGGCCAGGCCAUCUCUUCAGCCAUAUGACGAUAGACCUCCACGCACUGCGAUACAUAGGCAAGAACUCGCUAUGGGGCACCUUUACGGCGCAAAUGAGCUAUCAUUCGAACCAGCUCACCCACAAGUAGCUGCAAUGUCCGCUCAUCAAAGCCUCGAAAAGUUUGCCCAAUAUAUUGCCGAGCUCGAAAAUCUAAUUGCCAAGAACCCCCAAGCAUCACUGGCUUCAUUACAACAAAAUCAUGAAAUUCGAUUAAUAGUUAACCAGAUACUAUUAUUAGCCUCAACAUCAUAUAAUCGUGAUGAAACGGCACUUGCAUUCUCUCAGAAAGUGGUUCAACUACUAUACAAGAACGAGUCCAAUCUCUCAAGAGAAAUCUACGUCGUGUUAUUAGAGAGAUUGUGUGAAAUUUCAAUCAAAGUGAGCGGAGAGGUUACAGCAUGGCUCAUUUAUGCCGACGAUGAUCGCAAGUUUAUUGUCCCAGUAGUUGUCGCGUUAAUCAAAGCUCGAUUGAUUAACACGAAUGAACAAGACUUACAAUUGGCAAGACUUAUCGAAGCUGGACGAACUACAGUUAUUGAUUUUACCGCAAAAUUGAUCCGUGAAUGCACUUUGAAAGAGCCACAAAUUGCUACGCGCGCCGAUUUUCCCAACUCGUUAGAUGCUCUUGACAGACUUGCGAGACGUGGGAAAGCACCCGAAAGUGUAAUAAAACUCCUGGAUGAUUUACGCCGCCCAGCUCGUGCUCCACCUAUUAAGGAGGUUGAAAAUUUGGGGGGGCUACGCGAACAACUCUCCUACUAUUUUACCGAAUGGGUUCGUCUCUACCAACACCCGGCGUCAAAUGAGAAAGUUUUUAGUUCAUUCAUAAUGCAAGUGCAACAACAAGGCAUACUGAAAGGCGACGAAGUCUCAUCGAUGUUCUUCCGUAUUUGUACUGAAAUGAGCGUUGACAAUUGUCUCAAACAGAAAAUAACUAAUCAAUCGUCAACAGUCACAGUAUACCAAGCAAUCGAUGCCUUUUCUAAGCUCAUUGUUUUAUUAGUCAAGUAUCAUUCUGAUCCCGAGGGUAUGAAUGAUAAUCUGGCUAAGAGCGCCUACUUCAACAAGAUCGUAUCUCUAAUUGUACUUGUGCUUGCGCAAGCUCAUGAACAAAGGCGACAACAGUUUAACCAAAAACCAUUCUUUAGAUUGUUUUCGAGCCUUCUUAGUGACUUGAAUGCGUACGAGCAGCAACUACAGCCUAUUUACUUCCAAUUAUUGACAAUACUGAGCUCCACGUUCACUACACUCCAGCCAAGCUUUUUCCCUGGCUUCACAUUUGCAUGGCUGUCAUUAAUAUCACAUCGUCUUUUCAUGCCUAAGCUACUCCUUGCUUCUGAAAACCAAAAGGGUUGGUCAGCAUUCCAUCGACUCCUUAUAAGCUUGUUUAGAUUUCUCAUCCCAUUCCUUCGUAACGUGGAGAUGUUUCGUGAAACCACACGCCUUCUUUACAAAGGCACCCUUCGUGUAUUACUU